CAGAGCGCGGGCACAGUCGGGCUGGGAGAGGGGCUCACGCUGGUUUGGAGUGUGCCCGCUGCGCCGCAGCUGUCCGUGCCUGCCGCCGCCUUCCCGCCGCCGCCACCGCUGCCACCAUGCCCAACUUCGCCGGCACCUGGAAGAUGCGCAGCAGCGAGAAUUUCGACGAGCUGCUCAAGGCGCUGGGUGUGAACGCCAUGCUGAGGAAAGUGGCCGUGGCGGCUGCGUCCAAGCCGCACGUGGAGAUCCGCCAGGACGGGGAUCAGUUCUACAUCAAGACGUCCACCACGGUGCGCACGACCGAGAUCAACUUCAAGGUCGGAGAAGGCUUUGAGGAGGAGACCGUGGACGGACGCAAGUGCAGGAGCUUACCCACUUGGGAGAAUGAGAACAAGAUCCACUGCACACAAACUCUCCUGGAGGGGGACGGCCCCAAAACUUACUGGACCCGUGAGCUGGCCAACGACGAACUAAUCCUGACGUUCGGCGCCGAUGACGUGGUCUGCACGAGGAUUUAUGUUCGGGAAUGAAGGCGGCCAGCUUGCUCCAGCUUUGGGGGUGGGAUGCAUGUUCCCCCAAGGAAUGUCAUAGUUCUGAGCCGCCAGCGGACCUCCUCUUCCUCGGUAUUAACGUUAGGUGAUCCCGAUGUCCCCCCAGUAAUGCUGUAGUGUUUUCCCCAAGGCUCUGUGCCUCUGUGUCCCUGGCGCUCCAUAGUCUGGCAUCUGUAUGGUUUCAUCAGUCAUUAAACUGGGUGUACACACCUCAA